AUGUCGGCUCCAGAUCUAUCAGGAAAGGGGGCAAUAGUCACGGGCGGCGGUUCCGGCAUCUCGCUCGCCUUCACAAGACAUCUAUACCAAGCCGGGUGCAGCGUGCUGAUCUGCGACCUGGGACUGCAUCGAGAGGCCCAAAGCUGGCUCGAAUCUCUUCCCAAAACAGCCGAUGCAAAACCCCGGGUCGUCUUCACCAAAACAGACGUGACGGAUUGGAAGCAGCUUGAACAAGCCUUCGACGUGUAUGCGAAGGAGUUUGGAGGAGUGCCGCAUGUCCUAUGCCCCGGCGCCGGUAUUUACGAGCCGUCUGCCCCUAAUUUCUGGAAUGACAAGGACGACGACGGCUACAAGAUCCUGCGCAUCAACCUCGAACAUCCCAUCAAGAUGUCUCGCAUAGCGAUCAGGCGAUGGGUCCAGGCCGGUCAACCGGGAAACAUCAUCUUGAUAUCCAGCACCGGCGCGCAGAAGGCAAGUAUUCUGACACCCUUGUACGGCGCGGCGAAGCAAGGGAUCAGCAACUUUGCGCGGGCGAUGGCACCCCUCGAGAAAAUGGAGAAUAUUCGAGUGACUGCUGUGGCACCGGGACCGACCAUGUCGCCGCUAAUGUAUGAUCACCCUGAAGCGAUUCGGUUUGUGGAUCCAGAGAAAGACAAGCUUGCCAGCACCGAUGAGAUCGCAAGAGGCAUGAUGGCGUUGUGCUUCGACGGGGAGUUUCCUGCUGGUACGGUCCUGGAAGUCACGCAUCCGGACCAUUGGAGGGAAGUGUCGUUGUUAAAUGAUCCGGGACCGGGUGCACACGCUUUCACAAGCAGGAAGGACGACGCUAUUGUCGAUGUGAUAGCUGCACUUGACGAAGAUAGGGCGCGGAGGAAGUAA